CGAGUUUACCACUGGUACUUAAUAGCCUUUUUUGUAUUACUGUCUAUGCGAGUGGAUUGCUAUUUCUAUAUUUUUCCUUGAAUCCGCUCAAGAUCGCAAAACCGUAAGACAAAAAAUGGCAGACACAAAAGUAGAUACCAGUUCGGAGACCCCUGCCAAGGACCUUAAAGAGAAAAAAGUCAUAGAGGAGACAGAAAAUGGAAAAGAUGUACCGGCCAAUGGGAAUGCAGAUACUGAGGAGAAUGGGGAGCCAGAGAAUGAAGUAGAUGAGGAAGAUGAUGAUGUUGGAGAGGAGGAUGAUGAGGAGGAUGAUGGAGAAGGUGAUGAGGAUGAAGAUGAUGAAGAGGCUGAAGGAGGCACAGGAAAGCGGGCUGCGGAGGAUGAUGAUGAUGAGGAUGAUGUUGGAACCAAGAAGCAGAAAACUGAUGACGAUUAGGCGUUCCUUAUCCUGCUGAGCUCCUGCUAAACAUGCCCCCCCGCCCCACCCACCGCAGCCUUCGUUUGAGGGAUGGGGACCAUGUGGUCAUCGUCAAGUAGAGUUGAACAUCUGUGUAAACGCACCCAGAAUUUUUUAGAACCAACCAAUACUUCAAGGCUCUAUCUUAAUGAAAUACUUUAAAAGGAGAAUUUGUUUGUAUUUUUAUUUACAUUUUAUAUUUUUGUACAUAUUGUUAGGAGGUCAGCCAUUUUUGACAGUGAUCUCUGGUGACCAAACGGUGCUUUGAAGUUGACGCUUCUUUCUGAAAAAGACUUUACUUUGACCAUGUCAUUAUCUCAGCAGCAAACUUGUAAAAAAAAAAAAAAAAAAAAAAAGAAAAAAAGAUAAUUCAGAGCAUUCCAGUAACUUUGUGUAUGUACUUUAGUUGUACCAUAAGUAGUUGGUUUGUAUGAGAAGACAAGGCCAAAGGAAAGGAUUUACUUUUUUGUCUAUGAAAUUGCUGUUUAUUAUGGCCUGUCUGUAUGUGUGGAAUUUGUUGUACAACAAUAAACCGGAAUUUUAUUUUGUGA